CGGGCGGCGGCGGAGGUCGAGUUCGCAGUCCAGUAGCGGCAGCAGUACAGAGUCCGCGGGAUAUACCUCCACAAGCGUCAUGAGCGAGCGCAGCAGUGGGGGCGGCCGUGUGAGCCGCGGGCGGCGGAGCGGCAGGCGCGGGCACAAGGCACACCGCCAAAGGGCAGCGGUGCGCACAGUCGACACGGCGGUGCAAGCCGACCCGUUGCCGGCGCUGCAGCCUCCCGGCGCUGCCCCUCACCAGGGUCAUGGAAACAGCUCGGACCGAGCUGCGCAGUCCAACGCUCAGUCACCGUCUACAUCCGCUCACCACCAAGCCACCACGGGUCCUCAACCAGUGACAUCCUCCGCUGCUCUCGUACCGCCCAUCCUUGCGGGCUCCGAGGCUAUGAGCUGCGCUGAUGCAUCCCAAGGCCAGCCUGAAAGAGCCGCCGAGCCCGGAGAUGAGUUUGGGUUGGACGUCGCGGAGAGGCUGCUGCAGCGCAUGGCAGAGCCGCCGAGGAGGGCCUCACACCAGCGGCGUGAAGAGUCCAGCACCGCCGCACAAGGGGACAGCACCUCGCCGCACACCAGGAUGAUUGAGGUCCUGCAUGGAGAGGCCACGGAGCGCAGGGCACAGGAGAUCCUGGCCCGCCACGCCGCAAUGCGUGCCAAGUUCCUGAGUACGACCGGCAAGCUCAACAGCGCUGCAGCAGCAGCUGGACAAGCACGCGCCGCCGGGGCUCGCAGUCCCACUCAGCAGGAUCUGACUGCAGAGCCAACCCUCUCCCAGCUCGCCGCAUCACCUGCCAACGCCGCCAACCACUCCAGCGACACCUCCUCGCCCCAACACUGCACCGACCCGCGCUGCAGCCCAGAUCAGCCCCCGCCGGGGUCCGGUGACGCACCUCCAGGCCCCUCCGACUCUCUUCCGCUGCCUCAGCCACAGCAGGCCAUCCAUAUCUACUGCUCGCAGCUGGUCCUCAACUCCAGCCGCGGAGCCAUCACGCUGCCGGCCUUCUCCAUGCACCACCCUGGACCCGGACCGGGACCGGUUGCAUGGACCGGGGUGCCGGUGGCAGUGCCGGUGUCGUCACGGGCCCUCGCUGGCGGCGGUGCUGGCAGCGCUGCUCCAAAACCGCAGCAGGAGCAGCAGGGGCAGGAGCAUCAGCAGGUACCGCAGGGAGAUGGGGCGGUGUACUUUCAGUCCGUCCAUGUGCCUCUUGGGGCCCCUCAGCCGUCAGAGGUGCCCGUGUCGCCCAGUCUAGCAGUACACGCGGCAUCUGGCGCUGUGAACGAUGCCGGUGUACCUGGCAUGGCUACUUCAUAUGCCACUGAGCGCGCCAUCAACCCCAUCAACCUUGACUACGGCUCCGCUGAUACCGGGCUGCUGCAGCGGCAGUCCUCCAGUGGCCCUGCCCCCGCACCAGAGGAGCGGCCAUCCUCGCCGUCCUCAGCAACGCAGGCAGCGCAGACCCACGGGACACAGCAAGGACAAUCUGUCAGGGUCGGCGUCCAGGGGCAGCAGGGCGCUGCAGGUGAUGCACAAAGCGUGAAGGCAGCCGACGCGGGCCUGUCAUGCAGCUCGGUAGCAGAGCUUGAGGAGCUGCAGCAGACGGUACAGGAGCCGGAGGCCGAUACAACGUUGAUAAUGACUGAAGCUGCAGCGGGUAACUCAGCCGCGGUGGAUGCUGACAGGAGCAGCGGCAGCGGCGGCGGCAGCUCCGCCGCCUCAGCUCCCGAGCCCAAGACCCAGCUAGCCGCGGAGCUUACCCGCCUCAUCAUGGAGGCCUUCCAGCAGAGCGGCGGCGUCAUCCGGCCAGUUGAAGGGACGAAGGAGCAUCCCGCGGUCCCGGCCACUGGUGUGGCUACUACCGCAGCCGCAGUCUCGGACAGUCAACCCCAGGGUCCUGCAGGAGCUGCUGACCAGUCUGCUGCCGCCGCUGCUGUGGGGCCCCCACUUGCCACGCUGCCAUCCACACUUCCCAACGCCGCGAUACCCCGCGGCAGCGGCCCCAGCUUCCUGCAGAUCCGCGACAUCGAGCUCACCCACCCUGCCGAGGACCCCACCGCCGCGGCGGGGACGCAGGCAGCCACCGACGCCAUCCUCGCCGGCCUGGGCGACUGGGAGGCGCAAGCCAUGGCGGCGCUGCAGGGCAGGAGCCUGCCCGCAUCCUCCGGCUUCCCCUCCGGCAGCGGCGAGCCCUACCCCGCGUCUCACCAUGAGCAAUACCACAGCAUCCAGGCGGUGUCCAGUACGGCAGCGGCGGCGCCACCGGUGCGGGUGCAGCCGGGCCACAUGGCACACUACCAGCUGCAGCGGCUGAGUCAGCGCAGGCGGCAGCAGCACGAGGCGGUGCUGCAGGAGCAGCGCGAGCGGCUGCAGCAGACCGGCAUGCAGCGGGGCGCCGAGCCGGCCCUGCGGCUGCGGGACGGUGGCGGUGGCGGCGGUGACGACAGCGACGCUUACUGGGCGCUUCGACCAGGGAUGGGUGCAGCAGCGACUGGCGGCACCCGGGGCCGGCGCACGGGGAGCAGCUGGGCUGCUGACACGCACGGCUCGCUGUUCCCUCCGCAGCAGCAGCAGCCGGUGUACCUGACGGGGCCGGGAGUGGAGCGGCAGCCGCACCCGCUCAGCCCGCUGCAGCGGCGCAUGCACGGAGAGGCGGACCCCCGCAAGCAGGUCGCUGCAGUCUCCGACCGCCAACACCGCCUGACCUCCUCGCUACGCGGCGCUUCACAGCCCCCCAGCGGGCUCCAACACGAGCACGAUGACUACCGGUACCGUGCCGGCAGCCGCCCUCGCGCCACCGUGACAUUUGCUGAGGACACACUUGGAGGCGGCAGUGCCGGCCUGCACAGCGGUCGCCUGCCGUACCAAGCACGUGUUAGCCCCGAAGCUGCUGCCGUGCAUUCGCUGGCUGGGAUGGUGGCCCAGCGGCUGGGGAUUGGGAGCGACGGCCCAUUCGGGGCGACAGCAGACAGCUCGGAAGGACAUGUGCGGAAGGCGGGAGGGGCCGCCAGCAGCGCCACCGCAUCUCUUCACCAACAGCAGCAACAUCAGAGCGAGGAGCGCGACCGGCGGCGCGGUGCCAUGCUGGACGAGUGGGCGGCGGAGGUGCGCCAACUCAGUGCCGCCACCUCGCGAGCCGAGGCGACCCAGCGAGUGGCAGUGGCGUCGGCGCAGCAGGCGCUGACUGCCCGCCGCGAGCGCCAGGCUGCCGAGUUGGCUGACAUCAUGCGGCUGCUCGGGGAGGUGGACGAGAUGGCGCGCGGCAUGGAGGAGCAGACCCACGACACCCGCAAGAUGAUGCAGGAGCUCGAGGAGGAGGCGGAGUUGCGUCAGGUGUCGCGACUCAACGAGCUGUUGUUUGAGGCACAGAAGCUCGGAAGCCAGGUGGACGCGGCACUACAAAUGGACACGUCGGAGGCCGAAGAUGAGGCGAAACCUACGUGAUGCUGGGCCGAUGUCAUGCUGUGAUGUGCAUAUAGCGGUUUGCGGCGUCUGGUAUGGGUUCUGACCAUGAUCGGUGUUUAUGAAGGCGGGAGCUGCUAGCCGUACAUGGCGGUUGACACAGAAUGGAUUCCACAGAAUGCAGCACCAGUGGCUAUACGUAAAUUUUAGGUGCUCUACCUCAGGUUGGCGCCUGCUUAAGCGCGUGUAUACCAGAGAGAAACACUACGUUGUAACACCUAAGGACACUGUAAUACGUCUUCGUCAGCAGUUGUUGGCAAAAUGCUUUGCCGGUUCGUUUCAAGUGCGUUGCCUAGUACCGUUAGGCGCAGCUCGCCGGUGGCCAAUGUCGUGGGGGCAGCAUUCCCGCAGCGCCAACAGUUGGCGAACCCUGCCUUCCCAGCUAGGGCCUUUUCGGAAGCACCUUCUUCGCCGGCGCCGCAGCAACCGCAGCAGCAGCAGCGAUUUCCCGCUCCGGCGCCGCAGCCCAUGGGAGACCGCGUGUACACAGACUUCCACAUCUACAAGACGCGCGGUGCCUUUGCCUUGAAGCUGCUGCCGCCCACCUUUGCCGAGCGCGUCGACGGCUCCAAGUACCUGGACCGCGACGGUUGCCUCAUGCUGGAGUUUGCGAACCCCAACCCGCAGCAGCAAGGCGCUCCCCAGGGGUCGCCUGGGGCCAUGCACCGGACCUACAACUGGGGUAACAAGAUCAACUUCGCGCUGACCCCCGUGGAGCUGGGUAACAUCCUUGCUGGCGAGGGGCUGGACAAGGAGAAGGGCCUCACCUUCUACCAUGACCCCGCCAAGCUGGGAAAGAACGGGGAGCCCAUGAAGCGGCUCACCCUCAAGUCCAUGCCCGACGGCGCCAUCAGCUUCUCCAUGUAUGCGGGGCCGGACAGCGUGAGUGUGCCCGUGAGCCGGGGCGAGUUCGAGGUGUUCAAGAGCAUUGCGCAGUUUGCCAUUCCGCGCCUGAUGGGCUUUGGCGCGCUGUUCCCAUGCUAGGGUGGGAUAAAGCCGUGCUGGGGAGGGAGGUGAAUAAGGAGAGCUGCAAGGACAGGAAGGGAGGCGGGGGGGGUGCUGGAGAAGGAGGUUUUAGGGUUCCCGUUGCUGCUGAAGGGGGUGAGGGGUAAAGAAGGGGAGUCGAUUGUUGUGACGAGGAUAUGAGGGGUCUCGACUUGGUUUGAGAAGGGCCGGGCGGCAAGCACAUGGGAGGUAGGCAGGGAUGAAAUGGUCGGUUGGACAGCAGGACUGCUUGGUAUUGCGCUGGGGUGCAUGAUGCGCGUGUGUGUGACGGUUUUGUUGCUGGUAGACUGAGGUAGGGCGGCAGAGGAGAGGUGUGCUGGCAAGCUGUCGAGAGGAGGGGAGAGAAACGGCUCGGUGUGUG